GGAUCAUCCGGUCCGGACCUUUUUCCAACGUGACCACGUGCGCGUUGAAGCUUAACAAUUACCUCCCAUUUAGCAUUUUACGAUCGACUCUUAGCUUACAAGAGUCAAAAAAAAAUGGCUUCAAACCCACUCAAAAGAAAGGCAUCUUCCAGUCCUGAUGAUUUCCCUCGAACACGGACUGAUAUUUCUGACACCAACGGAGAUAUCGGAGAACCGAUGGAAAUGGAUGCAGAAGCAGAUACUCUUCCUCCUCGAGGCGGAGAAAUUUCUUUGAAGCCAAGCGGAGGGCCGAGUGCAGGGAAAUCUCAUUCUCCAAUGGGGGAUACUGCCGCAUCUCAACUUGCACUAGACCAGGAAACAGCGCCACAGAACGGCGUAGUUAGGCACUCUCAAUCUCCUCGAAUCGAUAUUGAGCUGCGCUCACCUUCAAGCGACGCGUCAGGCCAUCCAAGCUCCACCGAGGCCUCUAAGACCGGAGGUGUUGACAUGCCCUGGGAACGCAAAAUAUCGAUCUUGCUCGUAAUGGGGCCCAAACCCGAAAAAGGACCGCAUAACUCGUGGCACGCCCACGAAAACCGUCUGGGAGUCGAGUGGGAGGACAUGCGCUGCUCGCCUCAACAAUCUGCCGACCUUUUGAAGGAUGAGAACUGUCGUGGUUUCAUAUAUCCGCUCAGGCUGGCCCCCGGGUCAGCCCCGCUUUUGGCGACGGGCCAGAAAUGGGGGCAAUGGUAUGCGCAUUACAUGACACUCCUGAUUACUCGCUUCCCGGAUACUCCUUUCAUCUCCGUGACGAGGUGUAGUAUCGAAUGCUUUGUCGAAAAGGUCUCCUCGCCAUCCGAGCUUGUAAAGCUUAACCAGUAUACAUGCAUCAUUGCUCGUCUCACGGACCCUUCAAGCGACGAUCUGUCCUUAAUCCCAUCCCUCGCUUCUCCUGACCGUCUGGGAACAUUUGUCUCAGGAAUGCGCGAACUCUGCAAAAAGACCACUGUCUUGCCCGAUAUUGACGAGAUGGAGUACGCCGCCCAAAAAUUGCGCGUCAUCGAGAGCCUCGACUCCAUCGCCGAAUCCGUGACCUCGACGCCACGUCCCAAGACUUCCGUCGUAGGUAGUAAAGCCCCGGGCCAGAUAUACAAACGCGAAGGCUCGCACUGCGAACGGCAUGUGUUGCUACCAAAGCAGAUACAGUCGUCGAAUUACCGUUCGGCGAUGAGGGAGAGCCAGCACCCGACGUACCGCUGGCUCCAGCAGGAUUUCGUUCCAUACAACAUCGAGUGGCGGGUGUUCCUUGUCGGUGGAGAGGUCGUGAAAGUGAGGGUGUCGAAGAGGAAGGAACUUGAUAACAGUUGGGUUGCGGAGACACAGUACAGUCGGUGUCCGCUGUUCGAGCUCGAGGGACGACUAAGAGCUCAGCCAGAGGACGAGGAUGAGUUCCCAGAUUUGACGGCUCACGACGAGGAGUCCCGCAUCCGUUCUGAUCAAGAGCUUAUCGACUUCGCGGAGCGUACCUUGGCGGAGCUCGUCCAGCGCGAGACAGAGAUCCUAGGACAUGUACCCUCUAUUGCAUUGUUUUGUCGUCUUGAUAUUUCGGUGAUGCGAUCAUCGAGGUCUAGGCAUUUGCAGUACUGGGUUAUGAGUGUUGCCAGGGGCGCCAAUGUCCCUAUCCACGGUAUCGACGAUAAUUUUGAUACUCUGGGAGUCAUCGCCGACGAGUUGGUUGAUAUCCUUAGGAAGAAACCUGGGCCUUGUAAGUUCGUUUUCAUUGCCGAUAUCCAGACAAAAUGACUCAAUCCCUUUGUUAGCCUGUCCGUCAUUUCCUUAUUGCCCACGGAGAGAAGUACCGCCUCCGGUGGUGCCAGACGUACCCGUGGACCGAACCGUUAAGCACAUUCUCGUCGUACCCGGCCCUCCCAACCCGUUCUCGCCAAAUGCGAAGGUGUGGGGAAACACUCAUACCAUCAUCAACUCGAACUCUCUCUGGGUGAAGGUCAAUUUGCCGCGAACGGACG